UAGAGUGAUUUGGUUGCCGAAUGAUGUAUUACUUUUAUUUUUCCAAUUAAUUAAUUCUAUAAAUUGCCGACUCGUCCACUACAGUGAUAGUGACAAGUCAUUAGGCAUCUAAUUAUUGAAGCUUUCCAUUCAAAUUCUCCACGUACAUGACAUAACCUAAAAGUUCCUAAUAUUAACAUUCUUAUGUAAAUUUGUGUUUAUUUGAAUUAACAAUGGAUAGUGAAGCAAAGAAUGUGAUUCGUGUUGGUUCGAGGAAGAGUGAGCUGGCCCUCAUACAAACCAACUAUGUAAUUGAUUGUUUGAAGAAAUUGCAUCCAGAAAAGGAUUUCACUUUAGUAACCAUGACAACGCUAGGAGACCGCAUUUUGGAUGUAUCUCUACCCAAAAUCGGCGAGAAGUCACUAUUCACAAAGGAUUUGGAGGAUGCCUUAAGAAAUGACACUGUGGACUUUGUAGUACAUUCUUUGAAAGAUUUGCCUACCACCCUACCCGAUGGACUGGCUAUUGGAGCUGUUUUUGAAAGAGAAGACCCGAGAGAUGCACUGGUUCUCCGCGAAGAGUAUAAAGAGCACACGCUGGCAACAUUACCUGAAGGCUCCGUUAUUGGCACAUCAUCCCUCCGUCGCACGGCCCAACUCCGCGGCUCGUACCCGCAGCUCUCCGUAGUAGACGUGAGAGGCAACUUGAACACGCGCCUGCGCAAGCUCGACACUACGGGACAAUAUGCUGCGCUGCUAUUGGCCAGCGCUGGUCUACAGCGGAUGGGGUGGAAGGAUAGGAUAUCUAAGAUUCUGCCGUGUGCUGAGAUGAAGUACGCGGUCGGUCAAGGCGCGUUAGCCGUGGAGUGUCGCGCGGAUAACACAACUAUAUUGAACAUGCUGGCUCCAUUCAACCAUCCCGAGACAUACUGCAGAAUACUGGCGGAAAGAAGCUUUCUUAAGACCUUGGGUGGCGGCUGCAGCGCUCCUGUUGGCGUCUCCACAACCUUAAAACCUGUUGACUCACAAUUCAAGCUAUCCAUAACGGGCGCAGUAUGGAGCAUGGACGGAAAAACCAAACUCGAUUGCACCUCCCAGCAAACAUUCACACAAAUAAAACGCACACAAAAACACAAACUCAGCCCCACAGAGGAAAACGAAAGCAAAAAACUCAAAAUUGACAACAAUGAGGCAGAAAACGAAAUUAUACCACCUAAAGUACUUAAAGACACAAUAAAAGAUAACUCUGUUCCUUCAAGUGAGGAGAAAAAUGAUGAUAGUGAUAAACGCAUAUUUUGUGGUUUGACAGUGAAUCCUAGCAUACCUAUAGAAGUUAUAAUUAAAUGUGACAACUUAGGACGCGAUUUAGCAAAUUCACUCAUAGAGAAAGGUGCUUUAGAUGUUAUGAAAGUCACACAAGAUUUGAUCAGAAGUUCGACGGCGGCGAAACAAUCAUGAUUAAUAAUAAUAUUUUUGUUAGGAAUAAGGUUGUAUAUUUGUAUUUUAGGUAAAGAAAGGCCUUACCAAGUUUUUUAACAUACAAAAGUGCUUAUUUAGUAAAAAAUCCUGUAAUUGGAGGUUCUAUUCCUAUAUGAAAAAAGAAAUAAUGUAAAUAAGACUUUUUUUGGUAUGGCCCAAUAAGUGCCUCGCAAAUGUGCAUAUAAUAAAAUUGAUGAAAGAAAUCGGUAGUAGGUUGUAAUAUAUAAUUAUAAUAAUAGACACAGUUUCUUAUACAUUUAGUAAUAAAAAUAUAUUCAAAGCACCUGUUAAAAUGUAUGCUAGUAUAUAAAACAUUUUUUUUUGUUUAUUUAUUUGUAACAUCUUGAAAGAUGACUGACUAUCAUGCAA